AUCCAGUGUUCCAUUAUGCUGUAAUUGCCUCUUAUGGCCACAGAGAUUGCUGCUGAGCUAAAGUUACACGUUUGUUCAAACUUGUUACAUUUAACAAAGUUUUUCCUCCGAAAAGUGUUUUUGUGAACUUUGUUUUAAAAAAGUUUAUCAUUUUAAAAUGUUUAUUUUAUCAUUUUUCUGCAGCUUGUUUUUUCUGCGACAAUUUUAAUUCAAUAAAAACAUAAAAGUAAAAAAGUGUUUUUACUUUCUUCCGUUUUAUAUAUUAUUUGGUUUAAAACCCGACUGGCGAAUGGAAAUGGUCAGAAAUCGAACAUACAACCCUCUGAUUGAAGGACAACAGCGUCACCUACUGGAUUACUCCUGGCGACUCCUGCCUGAACAAAUCCACAUCUUUAAUUUAUUUUAUUUUGUUAAAAGAAAGCGUCAAUAUCAUCUAGAAAUGUCGUAUAACCUGUUGUUAUAUCCUAGCUAGCUCAUGUAGCCACAGUGACGUCAUUACCGCGACGUGGAACACGGUGUUCUGUCAGAUUUGUAUUUUUCGAUUUGUAGGCUUUGUCUACUACGCAUGCGCACAAACCCCAUUGGAAUACGCAAUCGCUUUUCCCUGCCCAUAAAAUCAGUCCACCUGAGAGAAGAAAGUGUUUUUCAUGAAUAUGAUUCGGAUUUUAUUAAUGUUAACUGUUAAUACAGCAAAUGUUUUAUACAUAAACUUCUAGAGUGCACUUCACUUAUGACAGCGCGUGUUUUCACUUCUAAUUUAAAAACAUCGGUGUCUUUAACCGUUCGGCGGUAAACUGAGACGCCAUGUUGGUGAAAACUGACGUCAUUUCGACAAAUGGACUAAUGUACUUGAAUUUAACGAUAUUCGCGUACACGUGUGUUCCCCGUGUGGCAGGUACGGACACGUGAUAAGAAAACUUUUAAAAAGUUGUACAUUAAUCAAUUUUGAAGCGGUUUUCUUCCGUGAGGAAAAUCACCCAAUUGCGCAUGCUCCUGGAGAACAUGUCUGAGUGAGUACUUGGCACGAACUCAGGAACACACGUGGGAAUGAUCAGGAGGACACAGUGGAAUCAUGACAACACGUGACUUCAAGGUUUUUAUGGAAAGACGUGACGUCAGACAUUGACAAAUGAAGGAACAGAGAACGAGCAGAGCAGCCGUCUGGUGAAGAUCAUGUGACACAGGAAGGAUGUUCUCCGACUGUUGUGGUCUGACUGUUGGUGACUGUUCAUACUGACUCCCCAACGACUGACCUGAAGCUGACGCCUGUCUGUGUCUGACUUUGUAUUGCCUGAAGGUCACAGAGGUCAUGAGUCGGCGGCGUGUCUCGGUCAGAGACCUGGGUGUGGUCGACCUUCACGGCUGGCUCCACCGCAGGAAGGAGGGACGAGGUUUCCUGGGGGGCAGGUGGAAGAGAUACUGGUUUGUCCUGAAGAACACCAGUCUGUACUGGUACAAGGACCAGAUGGCAGAGACGGCUGAAGGUUUCAUAAACCUGUCAGGGUUCAGGAUCCAGGAGUCCAGACAGAGCUGGAGGAAACAUGUCUUCACAGCAACACACCCCCUGGUGGUCACCGUUGUCAUUGCUGCAAACACUUCCUCUAACAUGAACAGGUGGAUCAGUGAACUGUCCAGAGCUGCUGGGUCAGGUGACGUCACACACACUGAAGAGUGUUACAGUGAAGACAGCAACCAGGACAGUGACGACAGCGCCACCAUCUGUUCUCAGGACUCCAACAGUGCUGAAAACUCUGUCUGUGAGGCUCCAUCCUGCCCUGCCACCUCCGUUAGCCCCAGCACAGAUGCCCCAGGGGGCAAGACCUUCAGCACCAGUGGAUCACCUUUACCAGAAGAUCCCACCAAGAAGCUGGACGUGUUGGAGGAAGAAACUGAAGAUUCUCUGACCCACAGUGGAGGAAACGGUGAAGCUGCUGAUGGAAAACCAUGGGAUGAGAUGAAACAACUGUGCCGUCACCUGAAGGCAGCACACUUGACCCCAAUGGGACUGUCCAACACAAAAGACUUCAGAACUUCAUUCAUCCGACGAAGUAAAGACGACAGGGUCAACGACAAAGUCCAUCUGCUCAGGAUCCUCAGGAGCACGUUAAAGGCAAAAGAGGCGGAGCUGAUGCUGAUGGAGCAGAUCCUGACCUGCCCUGACCUCACGGCCCUGCUCUAUAGAGAGUGGAAACUCAACAACCUCAUCCUGAUGAAGGCCAUCGGACAGCACAACCGCACAGCAGGGGGCACUGCAGAGCAGUCAUGAGAGCGCUGUUUAUUACAGGUGGGUUGAUCAACUACAGUAUGGGUUUAGAACGAUAGGUGGCAGUAUUAAAGAACGAAUGAAAGGUCACGUGGUGCAGCUGUAAACUACCCUCCUCCUCCUCAGUCACUUUUAAUCAACUUUCAGACCCACAGUCUGAACCAGAGACUUUUUGUACAGACAGUCAAACAAAAG